CUUCAGCAAUCCUGGAGUUUCGGUUCUCAAAAAUGCAACUGAAUCAAGAAAAAUGAUAGCCAUUACUCUCAGUCUCUUGACUUCCAGGAUUCUGGCCUAAGCGGGACACAAACUGGCUCAGAAAUGCGGCUUUGGCUCCCUGCACCCACAGCCUUGGAUUUGUAGGAUAUUAAGGCGUCUGUCCCAGGGCUCUGUUAGCCGGGUCCCCCAGCAGACAGCACUUUGGAGCUGAUGGGCCAGGCUUUGCCGGGCCGCUCUGUGGUCUAGGGCCCCGACAGUGAAUGGUGAUCUCCAACAUCCUGGUGACUUGUGGACUCUGCGUCUGGAUGCCAGGUUCCUUGUGACUAGCCCUCUGGAGGCUGACGCUUGGUCAGUGGAGGGAGAUGGUGACUCCUCAGUGAGAGGCCCUGGCUAGGAGAGUGGCCCGAAGGGAGGGUCCCUGGCAGUGCAGUGCCAAUGGGGACAGGGCUGGGAGCAUAUGUGAAAUGCUGGUGCCGGAGAGCCACCUGGGACUCCUGUUCCUACCUCAUUAAGACCGAAGUAGCUGAAGAAGAGAGACCGGGUCUCCAUUAAAGAUGGUCACAGUCUUAAAAAAUAAAUAAAUAAAUAAAAUCUAUGUACACCUAAAAAAAAAAAAAAAGAUGGUUACAGUCAUUACACUUUCAUUGUCGCCAUGGAGAAUCUGCCAGAGGAUGAUGCUGACACUUACAAAUGCACCAUAAAAUAAACCUGAAGGACCCGGGGGAUGGAGUGGAAAUCAUAGUGGCCCCAGAAAAGAAAAGAAAAGGAAAGAAAAGAAAAAAUUCUUGGCCAAAAUGAAGAAGUAAGAAGAGACUGUCACUGGGGAAUUUUCUGCAAAUGACCCAAAAAUAGAUUUCAGAAGGAAAAGCAGCUUUGAAGCCAAUUUGCAGGAAAGAUCAAAAGCUUGAAAGCGAUGAUUUCUGAGACGCCAUUCUAUCCUGGAGCCUGUCUGUGCUGACCGGAUAUUAGCUUGAAAUAAAAGGAAGAGAAAGAAGUUAAAAAUGAAGAAAGGAAGAAAGGAAGAAAGAAAGAAAGAAAGCAAGCAAGCCAUGAGGAAGUUAUUCACAUGGAUGAAGGCAAGAUGUUUCACUCUGAGCAUCUCCAGGAUCUUAAAGGGUACAGUAGGAGAGACACUGGUGAUGAAGUGCCAGUACGGUGCAGGAGAGGAGGGUCACAGGAAGUUCUGGUGCCGAGGGCCCGACUGGAGAGACUGCAUCCGAGUUAUUGAAACGGCACAUCUGGUGGGGCAGGAAGUAAGACGCGGCCGAGUGACCCUCCGAGACAGCCCCACGGAGCACAUUUUCCUUGUGAUCAUAGAGGACCUGGAGGAAGGAGAUGCAGACACUUACUGGUGUGGGGUGGACAGAAGUGUCCCCUGGGCCUCGGUGGCAGUGACUGUUUUUCCAGGCUCAGUGACAGUAGCAAUGAGGACCACUGAGACGUCGGCCAGCACAGGUGCCCUGGCUCUGACCAGCCACGUGUCCAGCCCUGGCCUUCCUCCCUGGCCCUUCCUGCUCUCUGCCAGCUUCCUGUUCCUGGUCCUGCUGAAGGCUGUCCUCUUCCUGAGCUUCAGCUAUGCUGCGAUUUGGUUGGCCUGGCUUCAGCGUCCCCUCGAGGGACAUGUCCAUGCACCAUGAUCAGCCCAGCCCAGAGCACCUGCGGCUUCCAUCCCAAUGGCUCCCUGUCUGGUGACACAGAUCCUGGAUUCUCUGCUUCAAACUCAGCCCCGACCCCUCCCUGGGAUCCAGACUCAGCCCCAACUCCUCCCUGGGAUGUGAAAUCGAAAAUAAGUUGGCCUCACUAGAGACUUUUGUGCCCAGAAGCUGAGUCACCUUUGCCAAAUCCUUUCAUGGGGUGGCCUGACAGAGUGGACAUGGUGUAAGGACACAUGCUCUGGACUUAGACAGAUCUGUAUUCAGACCCCAGUGGUGCUGACUUACCGUGUGGCCCAGGAGAGGCUGUUUGAUGGCUCAUCGUCUGUUUCUUUGAUUUGUAUAUAACUGAGAUGAUACAUAGAGGGCUUUGACCACACAGGAGGAGCUCCCACAUGGAGCUGCCAUUACAAUUGCUGGCUUGGGUCCACAGCAGCAGAAAGGAGGUGGGCAGGUGAGGGACCUGGGAAGAGUGAGCCAGGCCUCCUGGGCCUCCUGCUUGACUCCAGGCACAAUGGGGGAAGGUGGUUUUAUCCCCAGAGGGCCAUGCCCACGUCUAUCUGAAUGCACAGUGCUCAACACACAUUCAGUAAUGGGUGAAGGGGAUAAAGAAUGGAGGUCUUGCCUUAAAGAGCAGAUGAGAGCUCCACUCUUAGGUGCAGUAAUGCUGGGAGGAAGGUUUCUUUGUGACAAGUUACAAACAGAGAUGGGCUCAGCUGCUUGCUUGAGGGGCAGUGGCCAGGCACGAAGGUGGCCUGACCCAGAUCCAACUGAACCCUCCCCUCUCACUCUCCUUCUGUCCUCCAUACUCAGUGGCCUCUGCCCCUGGGAAGGAGUUCCUUUCUCCUCCCUUAAGGUUCAGCCCUUAUACCCUGGGCACAGAAGUCACAUCUCAACUAUUUCUCUUCUUGAUCCCCUCAAGCCCUAGAUUUGCAUGACCUCUAGAAGAAACACACAUGCCUUCUGUAUCUUCAUCCAAGUUGGUAAAAGUUUUGAAUGGGUGAGACUCAAGGUAGAGCCUUUGGGCAUCCAACUACAGACUACUUACUAGGUAACAUGGUCUCUUUCCUCCAGGACAAGGAAUGUGGCAGGCACCCCUGAUCCUGCCCCUCUAGACAGGUGUGACAACAAGCUAUUAAUUGGUUAGUGCAUCACUUUUGGUUGAAGAAAGAUAUCCUUUUGAUGAGUUAAUUGGCGAGACAAUAGAUCUCUCAACUCUUAGCACCCUGAGUAAGAGGCUUCCUUUCCCUGGGCGUGCUGGAGGGCUUACAAAGACAUCCCAGUACGAGUUGAGGUGAAGUGAGUGUGACUCACUAGGCUCAACUUAGUGAUUUGCUUUUAAUGAAUAGAAUAAGGCAAAGUAACAGGGUGCUGCUCCUGCCAUUAGAGUACAAAACGACUCUGGCUUCUGUUUUUUUGGCUUUCACUUGUUUGCUGUCAUGGAAACCAGAUGUCAUGUUGUGAGCUGCCCUAUGGAGAGGCCAGUAUGGCAAGGAACUGAGAGACACUUUUGACCAACAGCCAGGACAGCCCUGAGUUCACUGGUCUGUGAGCAACUGAACCUGCCAACAACCACGUGAACAAGCUGAGAAACAGACCCACCCUCGGCCCAGCCUUCAGAUGAGAUUGCAGCCCCAGCCAAUACUGACUGCAGCCUUGUGAGAAACCUCUAGGCAGAGGUGCCCACUGAACUGCACUGGGAUUCCUGUGAGAUAAUAUGUGUUCAUUGUUUUAAAGUAAGUUUGGAGGUAGUUAUUAUGCAGCAGAAGAUAAUCAUCAUCUCAAGAAUGGGAUUUUCACCUCCCUCUGCCUCCUCAGGAACUAGCACAGUGAUGACACACAAGAGCACAGAAAUGGUGAAGUCAAGCUGAAGUCACUGGUGAAUGCAGGAUUACCCUACCUGGGCAGGAGGCAGAGGUGGGUAGGGGAUGUCCACGUGCCCACGUUUGACAUAGCUGGUCUCUUUCGUUCAGUUCUCGCUUGUUUCUGGGAAUCCCUGGAGCCAUGACAAUGACUCUCAGCCGGACUCUGAGACCUAAAACCCUGGAAAGUUCACAUAGGCACUGAUUAGUGAUGUUAUUCUUUGUGCCUGAGGCAGUGGGUCAGGCUGGACCAGGUCGUUGGUAUUUUUCAUGACAGCAUGAAGAUUCAUGAUGUGCACUUUGUGCCUGGUUUGUAUCUACCUGAUCAACCCUCUUUAAGACUCUUGAGUCUCAACUCCAACGGGCUUCCCUGGGUGAAGACAUCCCACACAUGUCUCUGUAAUCCGCAGCUGCAGAGAAAUGCACAUUUGUGCGAACCUUGCAGGGGAGGGUGACUUGGAAGCCUGCACCCCGCCCCUCUAGCCCUUGCCUGUGGAUAUCUCUCCUAUUAUCCCUGCACCGUGUCCUUUGCUGUCGUAAACCUUAGCCAUGAUGAAAAACUGUUGUUAAGUUAUGUGAAUCUUUCCAGUGAAUCAUCAAACUAGUGGGGGGAUCAUGGGACCCCUGGAUCAGAGUGGAAUGGUGUUUAUAAUGUAAAAAGAGGAACUUGUUGCUAUAAUAAAAAGGCAGUGUGCUCUGUCCCCCACUCCAGCUCCAUUAUUUGGCAGAAUAACAGUCCCUUAAAGAUGUGCACAUUUAAUCCCCAGAACCUGUGAAUAUUUUACCUUCCACAGCAAAAAGGAUUUGGCAGAUGUGAUUAUGUUGAGAUGAGGAGAUUAUCCUGGAUCAGCUGCUGGGCCUAAUGUUACGGUAAAAAUCCUGAUAAAACAGAGACAGGAAGAUUAGAAUCAGAGAAAGGGAUGUGAUGAUGGAAGCCCAGGUGGAGUGAUGAGGGGCAUGAGCCAAUGCAAGAAGCCUCUAGAUCCUGGAAAAAGCCAGGGAAACUGCUUUUGGACUUCUGACAUCCAGAACUGUAAGAAUGGUGUACGUCCCUGCUUCUCUCCAUGGGACACUGAAGAGAGUGUUCAGGUCAAAGAUGCUUUGAACUGUGCAGGAUGUAAACCUUGCUCACAGCUGGACCAGAAACCAUCCCCCAAGAGGACCUGCAGUGUGACCACAGCAGCAGGUUCUCCCCCUUUCCUGAUACCUUCAAAGUUUAAAGGGAAGAAACAGCAGAGGAGGGAAACAGAUAACAGAAAAUAUGGACAGGAAUUGAGAGUGUGGAGGGCCGAAACUCCUAGGUGAGAUGUCAGAAGACAAGGAUCUGGAUGUUCUGCCUUUUACUAGGUCUGUUUGUAGCUCUGCCCUUUCUGUGCCUCCAGGUGAGUGGGGCUGGGACUUGUCAUUUAUAGAAUCUUCCCUGUGUAGGGACAGGGGAUGGAGAAGAGGGGAUGUGAUCAAGGAUGUUUGGGAGAGCAGGUAAUACACAGGUCUCAUGAGAACACUUACCCACCUACUCAGGUGAGUGGGAGGAUGUCGAGACCAUGGCUGCUCACUGGGAACUGCAGAGGUGGGGGGUGUUUUGUCAGCCCACAGGGGUGUGUGUGUGUGUGUGUGUGUGUGUGAUACCAGCUACUAGCAUUAUGCCGCAGUCUGUGCCCGGGACUUGGCAUCAAUUAUCUCAUUUAUUCUUCACCACAGUCCUUAUGAGGUGGAUACCAUCAUCCUCACGAAGAAACUAGGACCUCAGCUGUGCCAGGCAGGAAGAGAUGUACCUUCUGAAGGGGCGGGAGGCCAGUGAGUUAAGGGAUCAACAGCCAAGCUUCUCAUGAGGAGCAGAUUGUGGACAAGCCAGAAGCUUGGCAGUUAUGGGUGCAGAGCCUCAGAGGAGUAGACCCCUGAUUCCUGAGGCAUCUGGUGAAGCCGGAUCACCUGGUCACGGGGUCGGGGAGGGUGAUUGGGGCACCAAAGGACAAGAAACUAAACUGAGAUUGGUGAGCUUAAUGAGAUGAUACCUAGUUUCAGGAUGUCUCCAUGCUUCUGUUUUCAUAUCUGUAAAGUGGGGAUAAUGGUACCCACCUUAUGGCUUUGUUGUGAACUUUAGAAAUAAUUUGGGCAAAGCUCUCAGCACUGGGCUUGAGGAAGAACAGGGUUGUUUUUACCAAGAACCCCAUCUAACCUCUUCCGAUGGCUGCAGCUCUACCAUUUACUGUUUCCCUGAGAUGCCCUAGGUCUUCCCCAGAAGCUCCAGAUUCCAUCCCCACAUGGCCAGCUUAUGACUUUGUUGUCAACCCAGAAUAUCUGAUUUUCCACUUACAGAGUCCUGCUUAAGAAGAAAGACCCACACGCUUCAGUGGUUGAAUAGAACCCACUGACCCGGCCACCAUUCUCUUCCCCAGAAUCUUGAAAGGAAGUGAGAAAUAGCUGUGAUGAUACGAGCUUUGAGACCCAGACACUUACUUUUAUUAAUUAAAACCAAUUAUGUGUUCUCUUCCGAGAAUUAACUUUAGCAUUUUUAAUAAAUAUAAUAACUGUGUUAUAAUAAAAUCAUACAAUAAUGAUUUAGACAUAAAUUCUGAAGUUUAACUGAUUUUGUUUCCCACUGUUUUUUCCUUUAUAUUGCUUCUUCCUCAAACUAAAAUUAUUUGGGUUGAUUUCUCGGUUGGGUGAAG